AUGAGCACCGCAACCCCAGAGUCGGUCAUGACUGGACCUAAUGGUCAGGGGUCCCUUUACCUUUACUGAGGAAAUACAGUUACAAAUGGCAUGGUAUUCUUAAAGGUGUCCCAUUGUCUUGAGACGAGGGCUCUUGGCUUCCCUGCACAUUGCUCAAGUGAGAACUGAGCCCUGAAUGUUACACAUUGUUUCCCAACCUAAAUCUUAAUGGCUUUUCUUGUGGAUAGUCUUGCAACAGUGGAUGGUGUGUGUGUGUUUUAAUAAGUCUUUUUUUUUUUAAAGUAUUUUCAUACCAUCCUUCAAUCACAUUCCAAGGGUGGUUUACAAGAAGAAUAAGAAGAAAAAGUAAAGUAAAAGCUGCAAAAUUGUAAAAAGCACAGAACUAUCAACAGGAUUAAAACUGGAUCUAAAAAAGCUUUGGAAAUUAAAAAAAGCCUUUGUCAUAAAUAAGGCCAGUGGUUCUCAAACUUUUUUUCCUCAGCCAUACUUUCAGAGUAAAACUUUCGUUGUGCCACACCAUAUAUAUAUAUGAACAUGACUAGUUUAUAAUAUGAUCAUGGGACACCCAGAAAGGAUAGAACAAUGUAGCCACAUAAGAGCAUGAAUCAUUCCCAAAAUAGAAUAAUGAUUGUCCUUGAAUCUUCCCCCCACACUUGCCACCCUGCCACACGUCGACUCCCUGCCACACCUUUUGAGAACCAUUGAAUUAGAUAUUAAACAAAUCUCUCUGGGGAGAGUUCUCUGCAACUGGGGUGUCACCACUGAGAAGGCCCUCUUUUCAGUGUAGGCCUGGGAUCAUAAGGAGAAUGGUGAUCCUUCAGGUAACUUGGUCCUAUGAUGCGAAGUUAAUUGCAGGCUCACAUUAUCAAUCCGUUGCUGUCCUCAUUAAAAAUGGAGCGACUCGUCCCUUCUGGAGAAAUUAAAGGGCAGCAGAUUGCAAAAUGGGGACAAUGAGAACCAAAGCAGAACCUCACUGAAGACUUGGUGAGAAAGGGGGGAAAGCACAGCGUCCUUACAAACAAUGGCAAGCCUAAUUAAAGAGGGUUAGUUCAGCUACCCCUUCAUUAAGAGAGGGCAAAAUAAAAGAACAGGUGCCCCGUAAAUCAAUGUUAGCCAGGUCAGCCAAGUAGGUUAAAAAUGAGUUGCUUGUUGAGCACCAGUGCCUUGACUUCUGCAUCAUUUGGAACAGACUAGGUCCCGCAAGAAACCCAGGCUCUCUCUUCCCCCCACAGCAAAGGAAAGAGGAUUAUUUCUUGGGAUCAGGGAGCUGCCUCUGCCAUACACAGCUCAUCACCAUGACAACUUUGAUGUUGCAUUCCAUUAUUCUGCUCCUGAUUUUUUCAGUAGUCCUGGCACAGGGCAGGAAGAAACCCAAAGGCUACCCAUGCCCACCACAUUCUCAGCCUUGGCAGGCUGCCAUCUACAAAUACUCCCGUUUCUACUGUGGAGCAAGCCUUCUCAACCAAAGAUGGGUCCUUACCGCUGCUCACUGCAAUCAUGGAAGCAUCCAUGUCCGGCUUGGAGAUGAUAAUCUGAACGUCCUGGAGGGCACAGAACAGUUCUUGGCAGUGGAAAAAACAAUCGUCCACCCCAAGUACAACCAGUCGUGCUAUGACAAUGACGUCAUGCUGGUCAAACUGUUGAGCCCAGCUGUACUUAACCAUUAUGUGCAGCCCAUAAGUCUGGCUACCCAGAGGGCAAGCUCUGGGGAUAUGUGCAUGGUGUCAGGAUGGGGCGGUCCUAUCAAUUUCCCAGAGCGAAUUCCUCUGGUCCUUUACUGUGCAAAUGUCAGGAUAAUGUCUUGGGAGGAGUGCUCUGCCCUGUAUCCUGGGAAGCUGAACACCGAUAUGAUGUGUGCUGCUGCGAUGGGAGGAGGCACUGACUCCUGUGAAGGUGACUCCGGGGGACCCCUUGUCUGCAACAGGAAGCUCCAGGGUCUGGUGUCUUGGGGUGACGUGCCCUGCAGCUCCAGCACCAAACCCGGGGUCUACAUGGACAUUUCCAGAUACAGAGACUGGAUCAUUGAGACCAUGUGUGAUGACGGCUGACUUGUUGUGGGGAAAUCAGACCCUCCCCCCUCCUCAUUUUGCUGAGAUCCCAGAAUAAACCAUGAGGAACCCAUGUUUCCUUCCUGCCCUCCAUCCUUUUUCACUCAGACCUGCUUCUUGCCUUCCCUUAUUUGGACUGUAGCGCUAUCUGCAUUGCAGAGGGUUGGACCAUUGGGAUUCCUUCCAACUCUACAAUUCUACGAUUCUGUUAUCUCUCACAAACUCUUUUGGUCUGCUCCCAAAGGAGAAGCACCAAUACCUUCUGAGCGGAGCCUGACACGAGUUUCACACAAUGUAUCUUAGGAACAUCGGAAGCUGCCUUACGCAGGGUCAGACCAUUGGCUCACCUAGAUCCAUACACUCUACACUGACUGGCAGCGGUUGUCUUGGGUUUCAGACUAAAGUCUUUCCCAACACUUCCUGUACAGUUUGGAGAAGGAA